CAAUGGUGUGUUUACUGCAAUCUCCAAUCUUGAACAAGCAUUGCCAACACCAGAUAAUAUUAUGUACUUGGUCACCUUUUUGUGCUCCUCAUGUCUUUUUACCAUUCUACUUCCUUUGUUCCGAUGAUGAUAGAUGAUAGAGAGACCAGUCUUGGUGCUCCAGUACCAGGAUUAAGACCAGGAACAAGAACAACGGCCUUCUCCAUGGUUUAUAAGAUUUUCUCUCUACAAUUUCUGCUAUUUUCUUGCCUCUUUGGUUCUCCCUGCCAUGCUGCCUGUGACCAACGGGAUCAUGAUUCUCUUUUGUUAUUCUACAACACAUCGGUGCUGCCAUCAAAUCCUUUGAACUGGUCUUCUACAGAUUGCUGCAACUGGGAAGGGAUAGCUUGUGAUUCCGUGCGUGGUCGAGUCACCCAGGUUUUGCUUCCGUCUAAAGGCCUGAGCGGUAAUCUGUCUUCAUCUAUUGCCAACCUAACCCAUCUUACUCAUCUUAAUCUCUCCAACAAUCGCUUCAUUGGUACCCUUCCCAAUGGAUUCUUUUCAUCCCUCAAUCACCUCCAAAUCCUUGAUCUCAGCUAUAACAAGCUCUCUGGCAGAUUACCUCUGGAUAACUUAUCAGAUUACAGCAGUCUUGUUCCUGUGCAGAUAAUUGACCUGUCUAGCAAUCGCUUCUUGGGAGAAAUCCCAUCUAAUCCAUUUCUGAAGGCAGCCAGCAACUUGAGCAUUUUCAAUGUGAGCAACAAUAGCUUUGCAGGCCAGAUUCCUUCCUAUAUCUGCCUCAACAAUACCUCUCUCAUCCUCUUGGAUUUAUCUGACAAUGAAUUCAGCGGUGAAAUCCCCCCAGGACUUGGAAACUGUUCUAAUCUGCAGACUCUCCGAGCGGGGUUCAACAAUCUUUCAGGAAAUCUUUCUGAAGAUAUUUACAAAAUGGUAUCACUUCAGGAGCUGUCUUUACCUUCCAAUCACCUGUCCGGAGAAAUCAGAGAUGACAUUAUCGAACUUACCAAACUCAACAUCCUUGAGCUCUAUUCCAAUAACUUUACGGGCCCAAUUCCCCAAGAUAUUGGUAAGCUUUCCAACCUGGAACAGUUGCUGCUUCAUGUCAAUAGCUUGACUGGUAUUCUGCCAACAUCUCUCAUGAGUUGCACAAAUCUUAGAACUUUGAAUUUGAGAGUCAAUCAGCUGAGCGGUAACCUCUCCAGCUUUAAUUUCUCCACUCUCCAUCAGCUUACCACCCUUGACCUUGGCAACAACAACUUCACAGGUAAUUUGCCCUUAAGCCUCUAUUCUUGCAAGUCACUAACAGCAAUUAGACUAGCCAGCAAUUUCCUAGAGGGAGAAAUAUCAUCGGACAUACGUGCCUUGCAAUCUUUAUCAUUCCUUUCAAUUUCCACUAAUAAUCUAACAAAUGCUUCCGGGGCAAUAAGGAUACUGAUGGGUUGCAAGAAUCUUACUACUGUCAUCCUUUCCAAGAAUUUCUUUGAUGAACCGAUACCAGAUUAUGAAUAUGCAGUAGAAGCAGAUGGAUUUCAAAACCUCCAGGUUUUGGGUCUAGGUGGUUGCCGAUUCACUGGCCAGGUUCCGAACUGGCUAGCUAAGCUAAACAACCUGGAGGUACUGGACCUGUCUCAAAAUGGAAUCAAUGGUACCAUUCCCAGUUGGUUUGGUGACCUCUCAAAACUUUUCUACCUAGACUUGUCUGACAACCUCCUUUCAGGAGAAAUCCCCAUUAACCUCACAAGGCUUUUGGCAUUGGAAACUGAAGAAUCCACUGUUGAAGUGGACAGAAGUUAUCUGGAGUUGCCUGUGUUUGUCGCACCAAACAAUGUUACCAUUACCAAUCAGCAGUUGUACAAUCAGCUUGCCAGCCUGCCACCGGCCAUUUACCUGAGAAACAACAGCCUCACUGGUGACAUACCUGCAGAGAUUGGUCGAUUGAAGUAUCUUCAUCAGUUGGAUCUCAGUGAUAAUGACUUCUCUGGUGGCAUUCCGGAUCAAAUAUCAAACCUCACAAACUUGGAGAAACUGGAUCUUUCUAGAAACCAUCUCUCUGGUCAGAUUCCUGCAUCGCUAAAAGGUCUCCACUUCUUGUCUUCAUUCAGUGUGGCAUACAAUAACCUCCAAGGGCCAAUACCAUCUGGGGGCCAAUUUGACACAUUUACCAGCUCCAGCUUCGAAGGAAACCCCGGUUUAUGUGGUUCAAUUCUGCAACGCAUUUGCCCAAAUGCAUCAGGAGCUUCUAAUGCAACUGAUGAACUUCAUGAAGACUUAAACAGGAAACUUAUUGUUGGAGUUGUCCUUGGUAUCUGUUUCAGUACCGCUUUGGUCAUUACCAUGCUAGCUUUGUGGAUAUUGUCCAAAAGGAGAGUUACUCCAAGGGGGGACAGUGACAAAAUUGAAUUAGGUACAAUUUCCAGAAACUCUUAUUCUGGGGUUCCUCCGGAGGCUGUCAAGGAUAAUAGCCUUGUAUUGUUCCCAAAUAAUGGUAACGAGCUUAAAGAUCUCACCAUAUAUGAACUGUUGAAAGCAACUGACAAUUUCAAUCAAGAAAAUAUCAUAGGUUGUGGAGGGUUUGGUUUGGUUUACAAAGCAAUACUGGAAAGUGGGACCAAAUUGGCUGUUAAGAAACUUUCUGGAGACUUCAGCCUAAUGGAAAGGGAAUUCAAAGCAGAGGUAGAGGCACUGUCAACAGCACAGCACGAAAACCUGGUGUCCCUGCAAGGCUAUUGUGUGCAUGAAGGAUAUCCACUACUAAUAUAUUCCUACAUGGAGAAUGGAAGUCUGGACUACUGGUUGCAUGAGAAAGCUGAUGGUCCAUCUCAACUAGACUGGCCUACCAGACUAAACAUUGCUAGGGGAGCAAGUAGAGGGUUAGCUUAUAUGCACCAGAUAUGUGAGCCACACAUUGUUCACCGAGACAUCAAGUCUAGCAACAUCCUUCUCAAUGACAAGUUUGAGGCACAUGUUGCAGACUUUGGAUUGUCGAGAUUGAUUCUUCCUUACCACACACACGUCACAACAGAGCUUGUUGGUACACUGGGUUAUAUUCCUCCAGAGUAUGGGCAGGCCUGGGUAGCCACUCUGCGAGGAGAUAUGUAUAGUUUUGGAGUUGUCAUGCUUGAGUUGCUCACUGGAAAGAGGCCUGUGGAAGUUUUUAAGCCAAAAAUGUCAUUGGUUGCUUGGGUGCAGCAAAUGAGAUGUGAAGGCAAGCAAGAUGAAGUCUUUGAUCCUCGCCUAAAAGGGAGGGGUUUUGAUGAAGAGAUGCUGCAGGUGCUGGAUGUUGCCUGCAUGUGUGUCAACCAGAACCCUUUCAAGAGGCCAACAAUCAAGGAAGUUGUUGAAUGGCUCAAGAAUGUAGGAGCAACAAACAGAGAUCAAAAUAAGGAAUAGCGGAAAGGGCCUUCAUUGCUCUUUAAGCACAGAAUAUGGCUGCACAAAAAUACAAGCUUUAAAUGCAAACUUUCACUCCAUUUUCCCCGUGUAAAUGAAUUCAAACCAAAUUAUACUUACCUAGAGAUGUAUAAAAGAAGAAAUGAAAUUUCAUAGGAGAAAAUGAUGUAAGGUGGCAACUGUAGUCAGAAAAAUCCACUGAGUAACUAUUCCCUUGUACAUAUAAAACCCCCCUACUCUUUCUUUCUAGAUUUUACCCAGUGAGUAUAAAAUCUUACAAUUUUGGGAGCAAAUGAAUUCUGUAUAUUGCA